AUGGCGACGCCCGUGUUCCAACGAGGAUUUUUGUGGAGCAGGACGGGGAGGAAGGUCUGGGCUGCGGCAGGCAAAAAAUCUAUUUUGUCAGCAGCUUAUGUGGAUAGUUCAAAAUGGGAACAGAGAGAAAAAGAUAAGCAGAAUCUGGCUGAAUUAGCCACUUUGAUGGACAAAACCUAUGAAAGAAAGUUUCCUGUCAGCUCCUUAACUAUAUCCCGGUUUAUUGAUAACAUUUCUUCACGGGAGCAAGUGGAUCAAGCUGAGUAUUAUCUUUACAAGUUUCGUCACAGUCCUAAUUGCUUUUACUUGAGAGACUGGAGCAUCCACUCCUGGAUCAGGCAGUGCCUUAAAUUCAGUGCACAGGACAAAGCCUUGUACACAAUACAAAAUAAGGUGCAAUAUGGAAUUUUUCCAGAUAAUUUUACCUUCAAUUUACUGUUAGAUUGUUUUAUAAAGGAUGGGAAUUAUAAAGACGCUAUGGCUGUGGUUACUGAGAUAAUGAUACAAGAAAGUUUCGAUGAAGUGUCUACACAACUUCUCGCACUAUAUAUCAUGUACAACUAUUUGAAAACCAAACCAGAACUUACGUGGGAAGAAGAGAGAGAUCUUGGAGCAUCCCUGUUGUUAUCAGGACUGAAGCAGACCAACACAGUUGGCUUCAGCUCUCAGUUGUACGGUUAUGCACUUCUCGGAAAAGUGGAGCUGUGCAAGGGAAUACGAGCUGUAUACCACCAAAUGCCACUCAUGUGGACCCCAGAUUAUCUGAACAGAGCCUUGCAAGUGAUGGAGAGCGUGGCGUUACUUCCUGAGGAUGUAAAGCUCUGUAAGGAAGCUACUGAUGUUCUGGCAGCCAUUUUACAGCCUGUAGUGGAGACAUCUGAAGAACAAACAAAGACGUUAGCGGAAACACCAAAGCAAGCACAGUCGGAAGAAACAGAGAAGCUUCGACUGCCUGAGUACCUCAGUCGAUUCAAGGAUCUGCACGCUAAACUGCAGUCGCUUGGCAAGCUGGUCUCUGAAAACUUGUUGACAUUGACCACACAACUUGUUGAGAAAAAGCAGCCCGGAUUUGAAGAGGAAGACCUUGCAAAAUAUGAGCAGAAGCUGAACGAGUGGGAGCAGGAGCGAGCGCUUCUCAUGGAAAGGGAGAGAGAAAUGAGAGAAAAGGCCCGGCAGGAGCUCGAAGCCCGGAAAGCAGCAAACGCCUCCCUUUAACAUUACCUGUUGGAUAGACUUCUGUUAAUGCUUCCCUUUCUCCCAGCUGUAAAAUGAAGAAUGUGCUAUUAUGAAGGCUGCCGAGUAGCCCUGUUGGGAUAUGGCCAUGACUAUCUUGCAGAUUAAAUAUGUCUGG